GUUGAGGUUGAGAUCGUGGUAAAUAGUGGGUUUCGUAGGUCUAUUUGCAGUUGUGCUAAGCAUGCUUGUUACAGACAUGCUCCCCUUUUCAAUUAUUCAUCAGAUUGUGCACCUAGAUAGCCUAUGGAACUAUUUUGCAUUCUGCCAAGUAUCAGUUUGGAGAUCAUCCCCCAAUGCCUGCCGUAAAUCUACGUUGUGGCUCUGAACAAUUGCGGAUGUAGUCUCCGGGAACAUUCGAAACAAUUAUUAUCUGAUUGCUGAUAUUUGGGAUGCCAGUUUAUUUAUUUAUUUAUAUUUAUUUUUCCAAUUUUCCAAUUUUUUUGUUUAUGUAUUGAUCCCGGAGUGUGACCAAGUCAACAUGUGUAAUAAUCCGACUUUUGGGCCUGUAUUGAUAUCCAUCUAAUGGUGUUAGUAAACCCUGUGAAAGCAUGUCCAGCUUCCACGUUUGCAUACGCGAAUCCUCGGCCAUCGUAGGAGUCGGUUACGCGAACAUGGAGUUCAGUGUGUGAGUUGACCAUGUGGACAUUUUACGGAGGGAACUGCUGACCGCCGCUGCCUCUUCCACAGAACCAAGAGAAGCCACGCUUACUUGCUCAUCAAUCGAUGGAUUGUGUUUAUUAUGACUCUGGAUAGCAGAUUUUCGCUGAAUCAGCUCUAACUUUCAAGCUCAGCCAAACGACUAUCAGUUAUUUUCCCAAGCAAAUCACAGACCUUGUGUUCGGCUCCACAGUAUUUUUGAUACUUGGCCAUGAGGGUCGUUUUAGUAUCUUCUUCACGUGUUGGAAGAGCUGGCAACUUUGGUAUUUUCUGCCUGGCAUUGGUUUUUUCUGCAACAAAUUGAUUGCACUGGGUUUUUCGAUAUUUUUUGUAAACUUCUUAUUGAGAAGCCUGCGGCUUCGCUUCUUGUCCGUGGACUCAAUUGAUGGAUGUUUCCACCGUUGGAGGUGUUGGUGCAUCCAAAAUUAGGGUUCUCUCAAUCGCCAGGAUGAUUGGGACCUGUGUAGUGAACGGUGUGUGAUCGCAGAGCUAAUAUUCACUCAUGUCAACCCAAUGAGCUUUAUAAACAAGUUCAACACAAAGGACUUCGACGAUAGUGUUAGAAAACACGGGUCUCUCAACAGAUGAAGCAGUGAAAAACGAUAACAGACAGUAGAACUGAUGAGAAAUGUACACGAUGUAGAAGGAAAACAAUGGAUUACACCGAAAAAGAAGAGAGAGAGAUGAAGGAAAAACGAGAGCAAGAGCGCUUCUCACAAAGCAAUGAACAAGCGCAGGCAACGCAGAGGAACCCACCUGAAGCCAAACAAAAGGGAAUCCAGCAAAACGAAGAGGGACCCUCUUCAUCUUCCUCAUCCCUACCAUCACCCACACCUGGAGCUAAACCUUCAAAACCCUCGAUCAUUGAUUGGACUUUUUUGGAUAAUGAAUACUCGGACCCAUCAUCUCCCCUUGCUACCAAAAAAGAAGCUAACGUCCAAGAGACCCCAUUUGUUGCACAUGAAGUGUUGCCAACCCACUCUAUGCCACUAAAUGAUAAUAUGCAAAUGGAAAGUGUUCAAUUGGGAACAUCAUCAAAUGUUGAAGGGCCGAAGGUUCAAAGCCGGCGUGGAUCAUUAUCUGUCAUUGACACCAUCAAAACAGCAAUAAUGAAAGCGGAAGAUCCAGAAGAUGAGCCAGGGUUUCUGGAAAGGAAUCCGACAUGGGAGGAUUCAUUGGAACCCACAAAUCUAAAUGAAACCAAAAAAGAAGAGCAAGAAACUGAACAUGGGAAGUUGCAAAGAGCUUUUGCAGCCAUGGCAAAUGCAGAUGGAGGUGUUACUAUUACCAAACAUACCACAGUUGCUGCAAAACGAUGGAAGAAUGCCUACCUCACACUCAAAAGGCUUUUGGCUCUUAGAAAAUUGGAAAGGACAAGUAGAGUUGGGCCUGGAGCUGAAUUGGAUGGCCGCUCAUUAGGACUCUUUCCAGUCAAAAAUCCACUGCGAAAGAUUAUUUUCAAACUAAUGUUCUCUCAAUAUCCACCAAAAAAACACUCCUUUGAGCUUAAUUAUUAUUUAAAAUUAUUUACUGGAAUCAAUUAAUGUUGCUUAAAAAAUAAAUCCUUUCAAAAUCCAUUGUCACAACUGCAUUUAUCUUUGAAAUCCUUUCAGUAUGUGUGAAUAUAUACAUAUGUUUUACAUUUUAGAACACAUGAUUGAAUUGUUUUUUUUUAGAAAAUUGACAAAACUUAAGUUAACAUAUGUUUAUUAAAUUAAAAAUAAGGAGGAUUUGAAAUUUAAAUAUCUAACACAAUCAUAUAUUUUGUUAAGAAGAAAAAUACAUGAAUUAAGUAUCAACUUA